AACAAAUAAGGCCAGAUUGUAUCAAAAAAAUAAAAAAAAUAAAGGGUCACCACAAAGAGUGUGGCCAUUAAUGCUUCCGGAGUAGGCGGUGGGCAUGGAAAGAUGGUUGGGCCAUGUAGAUGCGCUGAAGUGUUCUUAAAUCCCAUCAAUCGAUGUUUUACCGUGAAUGAAAUAUGAACAAUAGGAGAAAGAAAAGACGUCGUCUUCUUUUGCAACUCGCAUCAGUCCAUUUCCAUCAUCCGCUUCCAUCCAUCCGCACUAGAAGGCCCGACCUUCUGGUUGUGGAUGGAGGUGGCUCUUCCCUGUACGUGCGCUAGCCACGGUAACACCAGAGGCAUCUGCAGCACCUGCAGUAGCUUGAGCGGCAUUACGUCCUCUCUUUCUCAUCUCUCGGAGAUGUCUGUUGUCGAAAAUGAAGGUUCUGAAGGUGGAGCAUAUUUCUAUAUUCCCCGUUUGAUUUUUGGCGCGCUUUCUGGAGCUCUCACUGGUCUUUUCGCGCUUGCUGGAGCUUUCACUGGAGCAGUCACUGGCGCAUUAGCUGGUCGGGCCUCUGAUAGCAGUGUUCUACGUGGAGCUGGGCUAGGAGCUGUUGCUGGGGCUGUCCUCUUUGUUGAAGUUUUAGAGGCUUCUCGUGCUUAUUGGUGUACAGAGAGAUCCGGCUCUCGUAAUUCAUCUUCAGUGGCAGAUUUUAUCGAGGAGCUCCUUCAUGGGCGGUUUGUACAAGAGCAGUUUGCACCUGCAAUGUUCACUUCAUACCGAUGGCAGGUCAGCACCAGUGACAUAAGCUAUGAUGAGAUGUACGACACCUUUGGCGAAGUUGCAGCGAGAGGGCUAUCAGGGGAGUCACUGAAGAAGCUUCCUUGGCAUGUGAUCACAGAUGAAGACAAGGAAGGCUGUGGUGAAAGCAUCUGCUGCACGAUUUGUUUGCAGGAUAUCAAAAUGGGGGAAAUGGCAAGGAGCUUGCCUCUGUGCAGGCACACAUUUCACCUGUCCUGUUUGGACAACUGGCUUGUCAGACAUGGGUCAUGCCCUGUAUGCAGACGGGAUGUGUAGUAGGCUUUUAUGUACAGCAAGGACCUGUGAGUAGUGGGCACUUUCAGCUCUGAGCCUUCUGGUGCUUUUAAAGAAUUGUCAGUAUAUACCCCAUGUAUAUAAUUAAUCUCCUCCCAUGUAUAGAGGAUCUAGAACACCUUUAUCACACUGAGAAAGGGUAAAUGUUAUCUUUAGAUUUUUACUGUAUUUGAGUUUUUUUUUUUUUUUUUCAGUUCGUCACCAACCAGUUGGAGGAUGUGCACCAUGUAACAUAAAUAUAUAUUGCGCCGUUAACAUUUAAGACUUGUCUUAUUUGUCUAAGAUAAAGAGUUUUGUUGGAGAACAUAA